UUGUUGAAUUCUCGGAUUGUGUGUUACAAAAAUAGUGAAUUUGUACAUAGUUUAUUUGUAAAACUAUAUGUAUAAUAACAUACUAUGUUUUAUUGUUAUAUAUCGACAUAGAACCUCUUCUCUCUAUUGAUGCCCUCUGAACGAUAACUGUUGAUAAAGAUGUCGAAGGUUAAAAAAUUGACUGGCUCGUUCCGGUACACUCAAUGGGACCCCUGCUUGAUAACAUCCCAGAUUGUGGCAAUGCAGUCACUUUUGUACCUUAGUCUUUGUUUCAUAAUGGCAAUCAUGCAAGAUUUGACGAGCUCGACAAGAACAUUGGACCAUCUGUUUGAGUACCAUGAAAUCCAUAUUAAAAAUAGCGAGGGAUGCUCAGUAAUAUUUGCGUUUGUACUGAAUGCUGUGAUUGGUGCCUACUUUCUGUGGCUGCUCGUGGGACGCACUAAAUUGUGCUUAGAUUUCAGUUGCACAUUCUACGGAGUCCAUCUCUUGAUUUGCUGGAUUUACAAUGGAAACUUUCCCAUCUCGUUCUCCUGGUGGGCACUCAACAUAUCCUGCGCUGCCAUCACAUGUGUUGCAGGAGAGUUUUUGUGCCUCCGAACGGAACUUCAAGCUAUACCUUUGAGUAGCAUUGGUGCUAAAGUUGACUUAUAGUGAUUAUUCAGUGAUGUGAAAUACAUGUUGGAAAAUAUGUAUGGCAAGACUUUUAGAAUAUGCAAAAAUGUUAGAUGGUAUGUAUAUGCUAUGUCAUUAUUACAGUAUACAGCAUUGCCAGAAGUCCCGAUUUUUUAAUCAAAAUUAAAUGUCCCACACAGGGCCAGUUCAGUCCCGCUUUUCGGGUAUAACUCGAACAUAAUUUUUCUAUGCUCAAACAUACAGGCAGUGUGCUGAGAAACAAGGUGCGUAAUGAAGAUAAGAGUGUGGGAGAUAGGGAGGUGGAUUUUCUGUGGCUACUUUUGCUAUCUAUUGUCACGUGAACGUAUUAUUUUAAGACAAA